AUGAGCAACAAACAAGGUAUCGAGUCAGCUUGGAGAAACCCGGCAACUUGUGCGGAGAACGCUCAAGCUCUCAGCGAGCAUGAAUAUGCUAUGCGACAAGGGAUAUUUCCAACAUGGACACUGAAGAUGUGGCAAGUGUCCUGUACCCAGCGCAAGUACCCCGCGCAACGUAUCGCAGUAAUUUGGUAUGGCUAUUCGUCAGAUAAUCGAAUUGCUGUGAUGCAGGAACAAUAUGACUAG